AAAAAAAUAAAUAAUAUUAUCCUAUAGUAUUUGUUAGGUGGAUCCCAACGGGAGGGCUUUAUGGUAAUUGUAAUUUACUCCUGAGAAGCUUUUUAUUUUUUGUGUGUAGUAGUUGUAGGAGAAGUGUUGCCGUUCCUUCUCGAACAAAAAAGAGCUUUAGACGCUCGGCUCCUUCUCCUUUUCGUAAAUAUUUUGAUAUUACGUGUGCUCUACGCGAAUUUAUCAAUAUCUAAAUCAUCUCCUUCUCUCUCCUCCUUCUUCUUCCUGUCGCUACCUUGUGGUUGAGUGAGUAAAUAUCUGGAAACCAUCCAUGGAAAUGGGAGAGAGAAUCAAUUCUUGUUGUUGUUAGGGGGUUUGCGAUAUUUUAGGCUUCUGUCGGUGAUCUCGACAAAAAAUAAACAAAGGAGCUGCUAGUAAGGUUUUUUGGAUUGGUUUUGUUUUUUCUCUCUCUCCCAUUCGGAAGGAAGCUGGUUUAUGUUGAAUCGUCUUUGUUCGGAAAAUGCGAAAAUCGUUUAAGGAUUCACUCAAGGCUCUUGAAGCUGAUAUCCAGUUCGCCAACACUCUGGCAUCAGAGUAUCCAGAGGAGUAUGAUGGUGGCUACGUUCAGAUGAGAUUAUCUUACAGCCCCGCGGCUCAUCUCUUUCUCUUCCUUCUUCAGUGGACUGAUUGUCAUUUCGCUGGCACUUUGGGAUUGCUUAGGAUCCUUAUUUAUAAGGCAUAUGUUGAUGGGAAGACCACAAUGUCGCUACAUGAACGCAAAGCUAGUAUCAGAGACUUCUAUGAUGUGUUGUUUCCUUCGCUAUUGCAACUUCACGGAGGGAUAACCGAUCUAGAAGAAAGGAAGCAGAAGGAGAUAUGCGACAAACGAUACCGGAAAAAGGACAGAACAGAGAAAGGAAAGAUGUCGGAGAUUGAUUUGGAGAGGGAAGAAGAGUGUGGAAUUUGCUUGGAGAUUCAAAAUAAAGUUGUUCUUCCUACUUGCAAUCACUCCAUGUGUAUAAACUGCUACAGAAACUGGCGUGCAAGGUCACAGUCGUGCCCGUUCUGUCGAGGCAGCUUGAAAAGAGUGAAUUCUGGUGAUCUGUGGAUAUACACUUCUAGCGCCGAGAUUGCGGAUUUACCGGCGAUUUACAAGGAGAAUCUGAAGAGGUUGUUGAUAUACAUUGACAAGUUGCCUCUCGUUACUUCUGAUUCUAAUCUAGCCCCUUAUGCUCCUCUUCCUCGGUGAACGAACACAUUCUCUUUAUUUCUUGUUUUGUACAUAGCAAUUUCCAUCAAAAUUUCAUCUAUUUGUGUCCACUUUGUAUAUAAUAUUUAUGUGUUUCCAGCCCUUGUGCUUCUAGUUAAUUUGUUCAGCCUUCUACAGUCUCCGUCUCUGAUUUGGGUUUGUAUAUAACAACCGUUGGUUAUUGACAUUUAGAUCCAAAAUUCGAUAUCACAUUUGCUUA